CUGCAGGAGCAGAGGAUGGCGGUCCAGAAGAAAACCUUCACCAAGUGGAUGAACAGCGUCUUCACCAAGAACGGGGAGGCCAUUCAGCUGAAAGACGUGUACACGGAGCUGAAGACCGGCGUGGCUCUGAUCCGCCUGCUGGAGCUCAUCGCCAGGGAGACGCUGACUCCGCCCAGCCGCGGCCGGCUCAGGGUUCACUUCCUGGAAAACAACAGCAUCGCCAUCAACUUCCUCAAAACAAAGAUACGGGUGGAUCUGAUUGGUCCAGAGAAUGUGGUGGACGGGGACCGGACCCUCAUUUUGGGCCUGCUCUGGAUCAUCAUCCUCAGGUUUCAGAUUGGACCCAUCAACCUGGAGGGGCAUGGGGGCGGAGCCAGCAUGGCCCGCCGCUCAGCGAAGGAGGCGCUGUUGAUCUGGUGCCAGAUGAAAACCUCGGGCUACAGAGGCGUCAACGUUCAGGACUUCUCGUCCAGCUGGAGGGAUGGACUCGCCUUCAACGCCCUCAUCCACGCUCACCGCCCCGACCUGUUUGAUUACCGGCGUUUCCGUGGCGAAGAGGCGAGGCGUAACCUGGAGCACGCCUUCACGCUGGCAGAGAAACAGUUUGGCAUCAUGCAGCUGCUGGACGCCGACGACGUGUUGGUUCCUUUUCCCGACGAGAAGUCCAUCAUGACCUACGUGUCGCUCUACUACCACUACUUCUCCAAGAUGAAGCAGGGCCAGACCAUCCAGAAGAGGCUUGCCAAGAUCGUGGGGUUGCUGAUGGAGCUCGCUGACAUGAAGGCGCAGUACGAGCGGAUGGUGUCAGACCUGCUUCACUGGAUCAAAGCCAAGGUGGUGCAGCUGAACGACAGAAAAUUCCCCAACUCUCUGAGGGAGAUGCAGACGCUGAUGACGGCCUUCAAGACGUACAGGACGGUGGAGAAGCCUCCCAAAUACCAGGAGCGCGGCGCCAUCGAAGCUCACCUCUUCAGUCUGAAGACUCAGCUGGCCGCCAACAACCAGUGGGCGUACAACCCCCCCGAGGGUAAAACUCUGAGCGACAUCGAGAAGAGUUGGGUUUUAUUGGAGCGAGCUGAGCACGAGCGGGAGCGCGCCCUGCAGGAGGCGCUGCUGCGUCUGGAGAGUCUGGAGCAGCUGGCUCAGAAGUUUGGCAGAAAGGCGGCGCUGAGGGAAGGCUACCUGGAGGACACGCUGCGUCUGAUCCGCAGGCAGGACGUCCGCGCCCUGUCCACGGUGGAGGAGGCGCAGGCGGCCGGCCGGCGGCUGGAGGCGCUGUCCACCGACGCUCUGGCCCGAGAGCCGCGCUUCACGGCCCUCAGGGACAUGGCCGAGUCCAUCCGGAGAGGAGACUACCACAGCAAGGAGCAGGUCAUCAGGAGGGAGCAGAGCAUCAGCGGGCGAUGGAAGGAUCUGCUGCAGCAGCUCCAGGAGCAGCAGGGGCUGCUGGGAAAUGUAGUUGAAACCCUCAGCAUCCUGCGAGACAUCGAGCUGGUUUCCCAGGAGCUGAAGGAGCUGCAGUCUCAGGCAGGCUCCUCUGAGGUCGGGAAGCAGCUGGCUGAGGUGGAGUCUCUCCUUCAGAAACAAGACCUGCUGGAGGCUCAGAUCUCCAGUCACGGUGAAACCAUCAGCUCCAUCAGCAGCACGGCCCUCAAGGGGAAGUUCAGGGACGUCCAGCAGGUUCAGAGCAGAGUGCGGGCUCUGGACACUCAGUACCGAUCUCUGGUGUCGCUCAGCAGCAGCAGGAGGAAGCAGCUGGACGCUCAGCUCCGCCUGUUCGAGUUCUUCCACGACUGCGAGGAGUUGGAGGCGUGGCUCUACGAGCGCUGGCUGAAGCUGCAGACCGCUGGGCUCGGGCGAGACCUCAACCACAUCCAGCUCGCCCAGCACAAGCACAAGGGCUUGGAGGCGGAGCUUCAGGCUCAGGAGACUCUGUACCGAGGUGUUCUGGGCCGAGGUCAGGACCUGCAGUCCAGACAGAGCCAAAGCAGCCAGAAGGCCAUCCUGAAGUGGAUCCGAACCCUGAAGAAGCAGUGGGGCCACCUGAGCGAGGAGGCCGCCGCUCGCCGAAGCCGCCUGCAGGCCGCCGCCUCCAUCAAGCAGUACUUUGCGGACGCGGCCGAGGCGAGCUCCUGGCUGGACGACAGGAAACCGCUGCUGACCAGCGAGGAUCUUGGGAAGGACGAGUCCAGCACGGGGCUGCUGCUGCAGCGCCACCUACGCUUGGAGAAGGAGAUGACGGCGUAUGGCGCGGACAUGAAGCGCCUGAGCGAGCAGGCAAGGAUCGCGGCGCAGCUGACGGCUCAGACGGCCGAGCCUCAGAGCAACCAGAUGGUCCAGCACAGCGACGACGACUCCUCCGAAGACGAGGAAAAGCAGGGGGCGGGGCCUGGAGGGAGGAUUAGGCCGAGCUCCACCCCCCAGAGCGAGGACAUCAGAGCCAAAGUGCGCUUCAGAUACAACCGAGGUCAGGUUCCGUGGGAGCAUAGCGAGGUGGUGACCGUGAUCGGUGCCGAGGCGAACUCAGACCGAGUUUUAGCCCGAGACGCUCGAGGAAACCAGCAGUACAUCCCCAAAACCUACCUGAGCCUGCUGCCGGCCGCGGCUCCUCCCCCAACGUCGCCCGUCUCGACCAAUAGCGAGACGAAGAGCUCCAGCAGGAAGCUGAGUCGCCCGAGGCGCCGCCGCUCGAUGCGUCGCAGCACGUUGGAGCUCCAGACCACGUCUCUGCCCGACCCGCAGUACCAGAGGGAGACCGUGGAGAGCACUCAGGCCGGUCUGGACCGGGACUACAAGGUCCUGUACGACAUGCUGAAGUCAAAGACCAAGAGUCUGGAGGAGACGCUGCGUCUCCAUCGGUUCUACAACAGCUGCCAGGAGUUUGAGUCGUGGAUGGAGGACAAGGAGAACAUCCUGAACACCUUCAGCACAGACGGCGACAACCUGGGAGUGGUUCAGGCCAAAUACGAGAACUUCCUGACUGAGUUGGCGAGUGGGCGUGGCCAGUUGGACGACAUCCUGAAGAUGGCGGAGGAGCUGGUGCGCAGUCGCCACAGUAAACAGAGAGAGAUCCAGAGCCGUCAGAGGAGCGUGACCAGCAGGUGGGAGAGGAUCCAGCAGCUGAAGGACGAGAGAGGCCGCGAGCUGCUGAGCACCGCCGACGUCCACUCCUUCCUGCAGAGCUGCCAGGAGGCCAAAGCUCAGCUGCAGGAUCAGCUGUCGCGGCUCGAUGAGCCGGACGGCGCCUCCUUCGGCUCCCGCACCUCCUUCACCCUGCAGGCCGAGGAGCAGAACCAGGCCCAGAGCCUCCGCGACAUCCAGGCCCUGGAGAGCAAGAUCGCCUACCUGAAGAGCGUCGCCAAGAUGAAGCAGGACUGCAGUCCGGCCGAGAGCGCCGCCAUCAUGGAGGAGGUCCGAGGUUUAGAGGCUCUGCUGAAGAAGGUGAAACGCCAGGCCGCAGACAAACAGCGCCUCCUGGAGGAAGCUCGCAGGCUGCAGACCUUCCAGCAGGGGGCGAAGGAGCUGCAGCACUGGGCCGACUCGCUGCGAGAGCGCCUCCUGCAGGAGGAGACGGCUGGAGACGUGGCCUCGGCCAUGGCCCUGCUGGAGCAGCACCGGGAGCUCAGGGAGGAGAUGGAGGCGCAGAGAAGCAGACUGUCCAACAUGGAGACGUUGGGGAAAUCUCUCCAUCAGGACGCCUCGGGUGACGUCCAGCGCACCCUGGGCGACCUGGAGGCUGACUGGUUGAAGCUGGACAGGCUGUGGGCCGACAGGAAGCAGCGUCUGGAGCAGGGGGUGGAGCUCCAGAGGCUGAACCAGGAAGGAGACCGGAUCGAGGCGGCGAUCUCCGGACACGAGGCCCGACUGAGGGUGGAAGAUGUCGGGGACUCGGUGGACGCGGUGCACAGCCUGCUGGGACGUCAGGACGAGCUGGAGGCUCUGCUGAAGGCUUUGGACCAGCGAGUGGAUAAUUUCUGUGAGCGGAGCCGGGAGCUGAUCGAGCUGCAGCACUACGCUGCCAAACACAUUAAGGAGCGCAGCAGGAGCAUUCAGAAGGCCAACAAGCGGCUGAAGGAGAGCAGCAGGCAGAGGAGGAACCUGCUGCUGGCCUCCAAGAAGUACCAGGAGUUUCAGAGAGACGCCGAGGAGCUGCUGCUGUGGAUGGACGAGAAGUUCAAGGUGGCCGAAGACGAGUCGUACCGCGAUCCCACCAACAUCCUGAGGAAGCUGAAGAGACACGAGGCGGCCGAGAGCGAGAUGCAGGCCAACCAGGUGUGGCUGGAUCGACUCCUUCAGCUGGGACGGGAGAUGCUUGCCGAAGAGCACUCCAGCAGCCAGAGCAUCAGCAGGACGUUGUCUCAGCUCAGCAGCCGCUGGAGGAAGCUGCAGGAGAAGAUGGCCGACAGGGGGGACAAGCUGAGGCAGGCGGGUCAGCAGGAGCAGCUGAUGGAGCUGCUGCAGGACGCCAAGCUGAAGAUCGAGGCCAUCCGCUGGGUGCUGAACAACGCCGCCAAAGGUCACGACCUGAGAUCCAGCCGACAGCUGCUGAAGGAGCAUCGUCAGCUGGAGCAGGAGGCCAAGGAGCUGGCGGAGAAGAUCAACUCCAUCGUGGUUCGGGUCAAGCAGCUGGCCUCCUCCCACUUCGACUCCCACCGACUCCUGCAGGAGACCGACACCUACCUCACCCUGUUCAAGUCCCUGCAGAAGCCUUUGGACGAGCGGCGCGCCCUGCUGGAGGCCUCGGUGCAGCUCUUCGGCUUCUACCACGACGUGGAUCUGGAGCUCAGCUGGAUCUCCGAGCGCGUCGCCGCCUGCAAGCCCGGCGGAUACCAGCAGAGUCUGUCGGCCGUGCUCGGCCUCACGCAGAAACACAAGGAGCUGCAGGCUGAGGUGAAUGCUCAUCGUAAAUACCUGACCUCGGUCCUGGAGAAAGGACGCAGCCUCGCUAGAAGCAGCAGUUCAGACGGACAGGAAGUGACGCGGAGGUGCAGCCACCUGAGUGCAGAGUGGGAGGAGCUGGAGGAGGCCUGCAGCAAGAGAGCAGCUCACCUGAAUAAAGCUCUCACCCGAGAGCAGCUGCUGUUCGACUGUUCGGAGCUCGAGUCCAGACUGACGGAAACUCUGAGUGAAGUCAACAACGACGAGUACGGAAAAGACCAAACGGCUACACAGAGACUGAUCACUGCACAGCAGGUGUUGGAGGGCAGGCUGGAGGUGCUGGCGGUGGAGGUGGAGGAGCUGGGGGAGCGGGUGGAGCAGGCAGUUCACACCUGGAGCCUGGAGGAACUGCGCAGACCCUACACACACCUGAGCAGCCUGAACCAGCAGCUGCAGCACCGCGCCACCCUCAGAGGUCAGAGGCUGACCGAGGUGCUUCAUAUGCAUGAGUUCACUCGGGAGUCCUCGGAGCUCCUGCACUGGAUGAACCAGCAGAGAGAGACGGCCGAGUCUCAGGACCUGGGAUCAGACUACCAGCACGUCCAGUUGCUUCGUGAGAGGUUUGAGGCUUUCCUGAAGCAGUUGGCGGUCGGCGAGGAGCGUCUGCAAGGCUGCAAGGACGUCGGGACUCGACUGACCCGCAGCAAACACCCUCAGAGCUCCACCGUCAAGGAGACCCUGCAGCAGCUCAGUGCAUGCUGGGAGGGCGUGAAGGCAACAGCCAGCGAGCGUCAGGAUCAGCUGCAGCGAGCCGAGGAGAGUCAUCGCUUCUACCGAGAGCUGAGCGACGCCCUCAGUCUGAUACGGGAGCGACAGAAGAGCAUUCCUGAUGAUAUGGCCAAGGAUCUGCGAGGAGUGAUCUCCCAGCUGAGGAAACACGAGGCUCUGCUCCACGAGCUGGCAUCCACUGAGCAGCAGCUGAAGGAGCAGUUGGACCGGGUGGACUCCAUCUUGAACCUGUGCACGCCGCAGCUGAGGCUCCGCCUGCAGGAGGUGCAGCAGGAGGUGGUGGACCGGUGGGAGGAGCUGCGGCUGCUCACUGAGCGCAGGGAGGUGGAGCUGAAGCUGGCGUGCCAGCGGUACCUGUUCUUCAACACGGCGCAGGACUUCCUGCUGUGGUGCAGUCAGAUGGUGGCGGCGAUGGCGGCCGAGGAGAGCAUCAGCGACGUGGCGACGGCCGACCUGCAGCUGGCUCAGCACCAGCAGCUGUGGGCGGAGCUGGAGGCCCGGCAGCAGACCUGGCAGCAGGCUGUGGAGCAGGGGGAGGAGCUCCAGAGGAGGCUGGACAGGAGCAGGAGGAAGGAGGUGACGGAGAAGCUGGAGGCUCUCCUGGGCAGCAGAAACAAACUGGAGGAGGAGUGGAGGCGGAAGCAGAGCUGGCUGGAGACCGUCCACCUGGAGCAGAUCUUCUACAGGGACGUCAACAGCGUGGACAAGACGUGCAGUUCUCAGGAGAUCCUGUUGCAGAGCAGCACUCUGGGAAACACGGUGGACGAGACGGAAGGUUUGAUCAAACGUCACGAAGCCUUCGAGAAGCUGCUGAGCUCGCAGGAGGAGAAGCUGACGUCCGUGAAGGAGCUGGCCGAGCGUCUGAAGAAGCAGCUGAGAUCCGAGAAGAGUGGGCGGGUCCAAACCAGACUCAGAGCCCUCCUCCAGAGGCGCGACAGGAUCAGAGAGCUGUCCGUCAAACGCAGGGAGGAGCUGGAGCUCUCCAGGCUGCUGUGCAUCUUCAACAGGGACGUGGCCGAGGCGGAGCAGUGGGUGGCGGAGCGGAUGCAGAAGAUGUCGGACGACGGUAAGACCGACCUGAGCGACCUGCAGAUGAAGAUGAAGCUGCUGCAGAAGCAUCAAGUGUUCGAGGCAGAAAUCCUUUCUCACAGUCAGAUCAUCAGCUCUGUGCUGCAGGCCGGGGCGGAGCUGGUCUCCCUGCACCACCCCAAGUCCAAGGAGGUGAAGCGGAGCGCAGCGUCGCUGGAGCUCCACUGGGAGGAGCUGAAGAAGGCCCUGGCCACCAGAGGGAAAGCUCUGGAAGACAACCGAGACUUCCUGGAGUUCCUGCAGAAGGUGGAGGAGGUGGAGACCUGGAUCAGACACAAGGAGGUGAUGAUUAAUGUUGGCGACGUUGGAGAAGACUACGAACAUGGAGUCCAGCUGCUGAAGAAGCUCAGCGAGUUCAGAGGAAGUGGAGAUGGGGAGGUGACGGUGGACGACGCUCACAUCACCGCCAUCAACAAGCUGGCGGCUCGUCUGGAGAAGCGUCAGAGCGCCGAGGAGCUGCGGACGGUCCGCCAGAGGAGACAGCAGCUCAACGACCGGUGGAGCAGGUUUCAUGGAGACCUCAGCAACUACAAGAGGAAGCUGGAGGAAGCGCUCGUGGUGCAUGGCCUCAUCCGGGAGCUGGAGGAGGUUCGGGAUCGAGCCAACGAGAAGAUGCUGCUGCUGCAGGAUCAGGACUGCGGCUCCGAUGUGGACAGUGUGGAAAACCUGAUGGCACGCCACGAGAAGAUGGAGAGGGAGGUGGGGCUUAUCCAGGAGCGAGCGCAGUCUCUGGAGAGCGACGUCUCCGAGCACCUGAAGGCUCGAUCGGUGAUGAGCGACAAGCUGAAGAGCAAACAGAAGGAGGUGCGGAAGACGCUGAAGAGUCUGGACCAAGAAAUCAAGCACAGGAAGGAGCAGCUGCAGGAGGCACAUCAGCUGCAGCUCUUCAAGGCAAACCAGCGCCUCCUGCUGGAGUGGAGCCUCAAACAGAGCGCGGAGAUGGCAGAGAAAGGCCUCCCGAAGAGCCGCGGGGAGGCGGAGCGCCUUCUGGUGGAGCACCAGGACUGGAAGACGGAGAUCGACGCUCGUGCUGAGCGCAUGGACUCGGUGCGGGACUUCGGCCUGGGUCUGAUCCGGUCCGGUCACAGCUCCAAGGCUCAGAUCCAGGCGGCUCUGAAGCAGCUGGAGGAGGCCAAAGAGCAGCUGGACAGAUCCUGGAGGAGCCGACUCAGCGUGCUGGACCAGGCCCGCAUGUUGCAGGCCUUCCUGUCCUCAGUGGAGCAAAGCGAGAGCUGGAUCAGCAAGAGUGAAGCGCUCCUGUCCAACCAGGACCUCGGGAGUUCGGUGUCGGAGGUUCAGGCUCUGCAGAGGAAGCAGCUGCAGUUCCAGGAGGCCCUGGACGCCCAGGAGGUCCAGGUAGAGCAGGUGGACAAGCUGGGAGAGAAGAUGAUCCAGGAGAAGCACUACGAGUCCGACACCAUCCGAAGCAAGAUGAGAGCGCUGUCCACCAGGUGGACUCAGCUGCAGCAGCAGUGUCGUUCUCGUCUCAGAUCUCUGGACGAGUCUCUGCAGCUUCAUCAGUUUCUGUCCAGCAGCUUCCAGGUGUGUGUGUGGCUGAACGAGCGCAACGCCGUGGCGUUGGAUGAGAACUGGAGGGAACCAACCAACCUUCAGGCCAAACUGCUGAAGCAUCAGAGCUUCGAGGCCGAGAUCCUGGCGAGCCGCUACAGAGUGGACGCUCUCACCAAGGAGGCGGAGAAGCUGCUGUCGGAGUGCCACGCGGCUGAAUCGAAGGUCCGACCUCGUCUCCGAGAGCUGACGGACAGCUGGGACGCUCUGAUCCACAACUGCAAGGAGAAGAAAACCCGACUGCAGGAGGCCUACCAGGCGCUGCAGUUCCAGCGCUCCCUGGAUGAGGUGGAGCACAGCGUGAGCUCAGUGGAGAAGGAGAUGACCAACGAGGACUGUGGCAGCGACCUGCCGUCCGUCAACAGGCUGCUGAAGGCUGUGCAGGGCCUGGAGGAGGUGGUGGACGGACACAGGGACCGCAUCCAGGCUCUGAUGGAGACCGCUCAGACUCUUCACUCUCAGGGAAACUUCCUGGCCGAGGAGAUCCAGACCAGAGUGUCUCAGACCAUCAACAGGUACAACGGGCUGUCGGAGCCGCUGCAGAGGCGCCGGGAGCUGCUGGAGGCCUGGCAGCUGCUCUUCCAGUUCUACAGAGACGUGGAGGAGGAGGAGGGCUGGAUCGCGCUCAGACUGCCCUCCGUCUCGGCUAAAGACUGCGGCAGCUCCCUGAGCAGCACCCAGCAGCUGCUGCACAAACACCAGGCCUUGAUGCAGGAGAUCUCCGGCCGCGCCCCAUUGGUCCAGGCGGUGCAGGAGGCGGGACAGAGUCUGGUGCGCGGUCGACACUUUGCGUCUCACGACAUCAGGGAGCGUCUGAAGGAGCUGAAGCGCCUCCAGGAGGAGCUGCAGGAGGAGGCGCAGAGGAAGGGGAGGCUCCUGCAGGAGGCGCUCAGCAUCCACACCUUCAUGACUGAGGUGUCAGAGCUGCGGCAGUGGAUCGAGGAGCAGCGCGUCGGUCUGGAGUCUCAGGACACCGGGAGGAGCGAGGAGGCGACGGAGGCCCUGCUGAGGAGGUUGGACUCGCUGGACGUGGAGGUGGAGAACCAGAGGAGCAGGAUGGAGCGUCUGCAGGAGAGCGGCGCGUCGCUGCAGCACCUGCAGCACCCCGACAGCCGUCUGGUUGGAGAGACCCUCCCGGCCCUCCUCGAACGAUUCGAGACCCUCCUCCGCCUCUCGGCGGCCCGUCGCAGCGCCCUCGAAGAUAAGCUCCGCCUCUACGUGUUUGAAAGGGAAGCCAAAGAGCUGCAGACGUGGCUGCUCUCCAAGAAGGUGCUGGCCGAGUCCGAGGACUGCGGGCAGGAUCUGGAGGACGUGGAGGUCCUGCAGAAGAAGCUGGAGGCUCUGGAGUCGGAGGUGUCCGGUCUGGGUCGCAGCCGUCUGACGGCGGUGCAGCAGCUGAGUGGAGGUCUGCAGCGGGACCGAGACGCCCGGAGGACAGACGAGGCCCUGAGCCGCCUGUGGGAGCAGCUGGAGGCCAGCGUCAGGACCAGACAGCAGGUUCUGCACUCGGCCCGGGAGGUUCACCAGUUCCACCACGACGUGGACGAGCUGAAGGGCUGGAUGGCGGAGAAGGAGGCGGUGCUGGAGUCGGAGGACCAGGGCCACGACCUGCACUCCAUCCAGACCCUGCUGAAACAGCACGAGGCUCUGGAGAGAGACCUGGUCCUCAUCUCGGAGGAGGUGACCCGCAGCGGGGAGCAGGGCCGCGCCCUGAGCAGGCGGCAGCCGGAGGCCCGGGACUCCGUCAGCCGGCGGCUGGAGGAGCUGCAGAGCUGCUGGACCAGCGUGCAGGACAAAGCCUCCGAGCGCCGCCUCAGACUGGGUCAGGCCGAGGAGGUCCAGACCUGUUUGUCCCAGUGCUCCGAGCUCAUGGCCUGGCUGAGGGAGAUGCUGUCGCUGCUGCGAGGCGAGGCUCACAGCAGCGAGGGAGCAGCGCUGGCAGCAGGAGGAGGCGCAGGAGGAGGCGGCGGCGGCGGCGGCGGCGACCUGGAGCAGCUGCUGAAGAAGCACCAGGAGCGCCGCCUGCAGAUCGACCGGCAGCUCGUCAAGUCGCAGAGCGCCAAAGACCAGGGGAGGCGCCUGGUCCAGAAGAAGAACCUCAUGUGGAAGGAGGUGGAGGAGCGCCUGGGCGAGCUGGAGGAGCUGGAGCAGCAGGUGGAGCAGCUGUGGGAGGAGAACAGGCUGCUGUAUGAGGAGGAGCUGGAGAUCCUGCGCCUGCAGAGGGAGCUGGAGCAGGCCGAGCGCUGGCUCAGCUCCUACGAGCACUCGCUGACCGCCCAGGACUACGGGGACUCGGUGUCGGACGUGUUGGAGCUCCUGAAGCGGCAGGAGGACCUGGAGGCCAUGAUCCAGGCUCAGAGCGAGCGCUUCGUCACGCUGCAGAAGAAGAAAACGCAGAGGGAGAAGAGGCUCGGCCUGCGGGACGAGGAGGAGCAGGACGAGGAGCCCCGCCGGCCCGUCAGAGUGUCCUCCUUGAGGAGGAGCAAACCGCCCGAGUACAGCAUUCAUCAGAUCUCCUCCUUCGAAGACGGCGAACCUCCAGGCAGACGGUCGACUCGGAAGAGCAGCACCUCCUCCCCCAGCCCUCCCCCCUCGCCGAAGAGUCCGUCUCCAGAAACCAGGAGGAGGAGAGUCAGUCCUCCUGGAAGUCCCGGCUCCGACCUCACCGUGAAGUCCAGGAGGAGCAGACGCUCUGCCACCGAGGUCGAUGCUCCUCUCACAGCCUCCUACAGAGCUCCUCCGUCUCCUCCUCCUCGGAGUCCGUCUCCAGAAUCAAGAAGAGGAGUCAGUCCUCCUGGGAGCCCCGGCUCCGACCUGACCCGGAAGUCCAGGAGGAGCCGACGCUCUGCCACGGAGGUCGAUGCUCCUUUCGGAGAUUCAGUGAGCACCUCCUCCUACAGAUCUCCUCUGUCUCCUUCUCCUCGGAGUCCGUCUCCAGAAUCCAGGAGAGGAGUCAGUCCUCCUGGAAGUCCCGGCUCCGACCUCACCGUGAAGUCCAGGAGGAGCAGACGCUCCGCCACGGAGGUCGAUGCUCCUCUCGGAGAUUCAGUGAGCACCUCCUCCUACAGAUCUCCUCUGUCUCCUUCUCCUCGGAGUCCGUCUCCAGAAUCCAGGAGAGGAGUCAGUCCUCCUGGAAGUCCCGGCUCCGACCUCACCGUGAAGUCCAGGAGGAGCCGACGCUCCGCCACGGAGGUCGAUGCUCCUCUCACAGCCUCCUACAGUGCUCCUCAGUCUCCUCCUCCUUCACCUUCUCCCCGGAGUCCGUCUCCACAGUCAUGGAGAGGAGCCAGUCCUGCUAGUCCCGGCUCCGACCUGACCCUGAAGCCCCGGCGGAGCAGACGCUCCCAGGCGGAGGUUGAAGCUCCCCUCACAGCGUCGGCUCGCACCUCCUCCUACAGAUCUCAGUCACCUCCUCAAUCUCCAAAACCACGCCGGUCUCCUCGGCUCUCCUCCAGUCCUGCUCCUCCUCGGAGUCCGUCUCCAGAGAGCAGGAGGAGGAGAUCCAGUCCUCCUGGGAGCCCCGGCUCCGACCUGAGCGUGAAGUCCUGGAGGAGCCGACGCUCCGCCUCGGAGGUCGAUGCUCCUUUCGGAGAUUCAGUGAGCACCUCCUCCUACAGAUCUCCUCUGUCUCCUUCUCCUCGGAGUCCGUCUCCAGAAUCCAGGAGAGGAGUCAGUCCUCCUGGAAGUCCCGGCUCCGACCUGAGCGUGAAGUCCUGGAGGAGCCGACGCUCCCAGGUGGAGGUCGAUGCUCCUCUCACAGCCUCCUACAGAGCUCCUCAGUCUCCUCCUCCUUCACCUCCUCAAGAGCGUCGCUCCAGAUCCAAACCUCCUCUGCCUCCGAAACCGCGACUCUCCUCCUCCGAGGACGGACAAACAUCUGUGCGGCGCUCUGAGCCUCCCGGCCAACCAGAGCAGCUCUCGGUGGCUCCGCCUACUUCUCCUCCACCCGUCAGGAGGCUGGUGGCUCCGACCGAGCCUCCUCCUGCUCCUCCUUCUGUCACGCCGACUCCACCCGAACCAGCAGCCCAGGCCGAGCCGCUGCAGGUAAAGAACAGGUUCCUGUCAUCUGACCUGUGUUCCUCUCAGGUGAGUCCCAAUCGACCAAUCAAGAUGCAGGGACAUCUGGAGAUCAAGCUGAAGCAAGGCGGGAUCCAGGGGUCGCCGCACUGGGAGGAGGUCUUCGCUGUCCUGGAGCGAGAAACUCUGAGUCUGUAUGAAGACACAGCAGCUGCUGCACAGGGGAGGUGUCGGUGGCCUCCGAUCAGCAUGGUGGGAUCAUCCUGCAGAAAAAACUUAGCGUACAUUAGGAAGGAGAACACCUUCAAACUGAACCUGUCGGAUGGCAGUCAGUACGUGUUUGCAGCCUCCAGCUCUGAUCAGCAGCAUCUGUGGGUGAAGAAACUCAAGCACUACCGGGACAGCAGCAGCCAAUCAGACGACUCGGACGACUCUGGGAGGGCGUCGUCCGUCAACGUCAGCCUGGAGAAGCUGGUCGACGUUCCGGACGACCCGUUCUCCGCCUCCAGGCCUCGGGAGAGGCCGCCACACGUGGAGCCUCCACCCAAACCGCCGCACACCUACUACAACCGACACUCCUACCCCGACGGAGGGGAGGCCGGCAAGCUGUCGGAGGAGACGGCGAGCAGAGAGCGGGGCAAGGGCAACGUCUUCAGGAAGUUCUUCAAGAAGUAG